UUCUUGUAUGCUGGGUACAAGUUUAUGUUUCUUGUCAAAAGUUUUCACAAAUUAAAUAAUUUUUCAUAUUUUUUUAUUUUUCUAAUAUAUUUAUGAGAAUCUGAGAAAAAAUGUUGAGCACAAAUAAUGAGAAAAUUUUGGAGCAACAAAAUAUGGUGAUAGAUAACUCGGAUGAAUCUGAAAAGUCCAGCGCUGAGGAUGAUCAAUCCGAUGAUGAUGACUCCUCCAUGUCGGAAGGUGAAUGUGAAAAAAGAAAGGCUGUUUGUUUGGAAAAUUUAGCUCAACUUGAAAAACAAUUUGAAGUUCUGAAAGAGCAGUUGUAUCGAGAAAGGAUCAAUCAAGUGGAGACCCAACUUAACGAAGUUCGAGGAGGACGGUCACAAGAAUAUUUAACACCAUUACAACAACUGAAUGAUAAUAUGAACAGCAGAAAAGAAGUGGCUGAAGUUUUGAAAAACUAUCGAAUGGAAAAUAUUCGACAUAAAUUCGAGUCUGAAGAACAAGCAGCUCUCCAGCAUUUCGAGAGUGAAAAACAGUUGUCAAAAGAUAUUCUGUUUGAUGAAUUAAUGGAAAAAAUAAGACGACUUGAGGAAGAUCGACAUAACGUAGACUUGUCUUGGGACGACUGGGGUGGCAGAAAUAUGCGUCCCAACAAAGUACGAGGUCCUGGCAGGAAAAAGGCGGUAACCGUAACAGGGCCCUUCAUAGUUUAUAUGUUAAGAGAGGAAGAGAUUAUCGAAGAUUGGAAUUUGAUUCGGAAAGCAUUAAAUCAACAAUAUCAAUCAAUACCUUUAGUAAAAUAGAAUUUUCUUUAGUCUUGAAUCUUAUAAUUAUGACAAAAUUUUAUAAAAAAAAAAAUUAAUAAAAUAAAUUAAAAAAUAUGGUACAAAAUAAAAUUAUAAAGCGAUCUUUGUCUAAUAU